GGAAGGACCGCAGCAAUUCUAACCGGCAGAUAGAAAACAGCUUAAGCAACUUCGCCUCUGGCUGACAACUGCUAGCUACCCCCAUAACCUAGCCAGUGGCAGCACAUUCAUCAUAAACCAAACCCAGGCAAAAGCCAUGACGAGGCUGUUCAACAGAGAAGCAACCCAACAGUGAACCCAGUAACCCGUCCCGAGCACGAUGACGUUUCGAGCUAGCUACGAGCUGAAAGGGCAGCCCGACGCCGAACCAGCUGCAUGCAACGAGAUCAGUCAUCAAAAACACUGGCUAGUUGGACCAGUACUAUGGCUGCAAUCAAGUUCGGGGCGCUUGCUCGGAGCUCAAUAAGAUCCAAAGCGGGAGGCUGGUUCCUUCGCCGCACUUGCUUGCUAGCUGGUCGUAGCUAGCUAGCUACUAGUAGUAGAAUGAUUCAAUCCAUCUCGAGCACAAUGACCUAUGCGGCGCAAGAGCAGCCCGAAGCGACCCCACACCAGCUACCUGGAGCUAGCCACCGGUACCGGUUCGGUCAGAGCUCGGAACUCGGAAGACACCAGCAACGACAGAAGGAGGUGGUGUGGAAACUGAAGGGAGCUCAUCAUCGGACACAGCGACAGUACAUGUAGCCAUUUUACUAUUAAUAGUAGUCCGGUGCAAAUCUCCCGUAAGUCUUCAAGUGACCCACAGACCUUUUAAUUAAAUCACUUGUGACUGCACUUCAUUUCUUCGAAAGUCUUAUUUUACCGGCUACUUGGUAAUUAUUUUUCUCACGUUUUUCCAGAUCCAGGCUCCCAAUGCCAAUUCCCAAUCCGCUUCCUCGUUACGGUACAUGCGUGUGUGCAUGUUUGAGUUUGACACAAAGAUUAGUAGAAUUAUUUUCUACUGCGCCGAAGGCAUGCUUUUACUUCACUAGGAAAGACAGGCGGCCAGUAGUGCCGCCUGUUCAAGUAGAAGGGUUUCUCAUGUGUAGCAUGAGGACUGUACAAAAAUAAAAAAUAAAUCCAGAGAAAGGAAAUAGAAAAUGGUAGCAGGUUCUUGCCCCGAUCGUUGCAUUACAUCCUGCGAUGUACAACACCAGUCGGAAAGAAGCAUCAUGCCGCACUGAAUCUGUCCAUUGUUAUGGUGUUUACGGUUGGGUCCAACAACAGGAUCACACUGAAUUGUGCGGUCCAUGCUGUGGAAUGAAUAGAGAUGAUUUGACAAUGGUGCUUGCACAGCUACGGUAGCUAUGCCGGGACUUGAUGCCGCUGAAAGUUGCACUGAACGAAUCCUUCCAACUGAGAUCUUGUUUACUGGGGAUCCCGCCCGGAGCUCGGCGGGUCUGUUGAACGAUUACUCCAACCACAAAAAACUGCUUUUCUUUAGCCUUUCUACAACAUUUUUGUUGGCUGUCUCCGCUUUCAUGAGGAUGAAGAACUGAAUAGUGGCUUGGGAAUCUAACAAUCCUGAGUGUGUUCUUAUUGGUGGGUACGGUGCUGGUGUAGCACUUUCUAUGUCUUUUCUGUGAAGAUCUACAGAUUUUGAGCUUUUUGCUGCCAUAAGUCUUUUCAAAUAUGUCUAAGUAAAUGUGAUUGAAAUGUGAUUGAAACAAUAUCUCAAAUAGACGGGUCAUUCGAAAAAUCGACGAGCCCAUUUGCAGCCCUGCCACCUCACAGGACAAUGCCACCAUCUCAUCUUUUCGGAUCAACCUCGCCCAGGCCAUUUUCGCCUUCCUAUUUUUGGUUGCUACAGCUGUUGAUACAGCCUCUGUCGGUGAUGUGGUGUGUCCGUUUCUGACUCAACUCGACGGAUGAAUGAGAUGCCAAUAUGAAAGCACGACACUAAAAAGUCGACACAGUGUGUCAUCCAUGUCUGUUGUUCUUGCUACCUGAGCUGCAUUGUUUUACGCAACAAGAAGUUGUUUAUUCUGCUGACUGACUGAGGUUUGCUCGAGAAGAUUAUUCAACGGCAGGAAGAGGUCGACAGCACCACACCAGUGUUCGAAAGUCCACUCACUGAUUGUAUCACAAUCUCUUUCACAACCACUUGUGAAAUACAACAACAACUACUACAACAAUAACAACAGCAACACUAAUUUUAAGAAGAUGAAGACUGCACGAUGUCCCAUCACAGGCCAAGUGGGUGUUUGCCCCUCGCAAGCAUCUGCUGCUUCCUCCACCGAGCCAUCCAGUGACUUGUCUCCCCGAGACCAACAAGCCCACGUGUGGCAGUCCUUGAUGGAGCACAAUCUCCAACACCAGUUUGCGACAAAGAGGGUCGAUGGUGAUGACGGAUGUCCACCUGGAUUGAUGCAUGCGAGUACCAAGAGUUUUACUCCUUCGGAAGACGGAUCAUUAGACAGUGGCAGUGAAAUGGACAGCUUGGAGUUCUCACCCUCCGCUGCCAAACCACAACAACAAGAACGCUCGUGGCCCACGUACGAUCAAGUUUCGGCUCGUGUAAUGACAGCCGACUACAAGGACAUUCUGACCAACCCCACCGACAUGCACAAUCCGAACACCACCAAAUUGUUCUGUCCUCAUGGCGUCGUUUGUCAAGCUCGACUCGAAUUCUUUGACGCACCCAAUGGUGUUCAGCCAUACACGGGGCUCCUCGCACCGGGCACCACGGCCGACCAUUGUCUGGUGCGAUUGUCCUCGGCCGUUCGUCCCGUCGAUCAAGGCACCAAGAAUCCCAUUGCGCAAGCCAUUGCCCGUCGAACGUUUGGCGCCAAGCUCUGCGCCAGCAAUAUUUUGCCAGCAGCCGCUAUCAAGUUGUUUCGGGGCAAUGGUGUUGCUUCCGGCAACAUUUUGCUCCUGGGCAGUAAAGUCGGACAACCGGAACGCAACUUUUUCCAGCAUGCACUCUGUACGGCCGUCACGGAAAAGAUUCCCGCCAUGACCAUUCCGUUCCUGCGACGCUUUUCCCGGUACAGCGACUAUCCACUGUCGCUCGGUUUGUCGGAACUGUGUCAAUACAAUGCCCAAGGACACGCCACUCCCGACGACCAAGUUAACUUUCCCUUUGCCCUGUGUCUCCAACCCGUCGUGCAGAUUCCGGCAUUGGAGGACAUUGCCAACAACAGCGAUAGCGAUCGUCCCUUUGACGCGUUCAUUGACGAUAUCCAACAGCAUGUGCCUGCGGGGACACACUUGUUUGAUAUUUACGUGGCACCCACGCCCGAAAGUGUUGGCAAGUCGAAGCAGUGUCAACGCAUUGGACGCGUCAUGAGUACAUCGUCGUUCCUCUACAGUUCGCCCACGGAUGGACUCACAUUUCGACAUCAGAGCAAAGAAGACGAUCUCGCAUUGCGGCGUGAUUGGGAGGAACGCAUGCAUUCCACCACGGUCCGCUGUCAAGACGGCACGCAAGGCACAGUCGCCAAGCUCACGGGAUGGCAAAUCUUUGAAGACCACAUUCGAGUAAAUGCCGAUUACGUCGAUUUUGAAAAGCAACGAAAGGCGCCCAAGGCCGUGAGCUUUCAAGACGACGACCAUCACGACGACGUGUCCAUUCCUGGAUGGACCUUUUGUGGCUUUCGAAAAGCUCGCGUGGAAGUGUAAAUAUAUAAUUUUUUAAGGUUGUACAUACAAUAU